AGAGCAAGAGAGUAAGGAGCGCGGCUUCGACUCAUCUGUCUUUCCUGUCCAAUGUUCCACCGAGUAGGUUGAGCCACGUGUGUGAACCAGCGAUACCACUUCUCUAAACGUCCAGUUUCUUGUGUUUCACUGAAACACACAACAGCACCAUGGUGAAGUUAGCGAAGGUAAGACCCGAACUACGCCUGUUUUUACCGUUAAAAAGCGCGCGCGUUUGCGAUAGAAAGGUGUGUUUACGCGUGCGGCCUUUACUCAGAAGUUGCUGCGUUUGUGAGAAAAACGGAACAGACGCUGGAUUUCGACUGCGCACAUGUUACAUAGCCGAUGCACGCGAUUUAUUUAUAACACCCCGACGCUUUAAUGUGAAGUUUAUCGAAAGGCAAAAACGAGAGAGUGGAUUUGACUCGGGUUAGCGCUAGCGUGUCUUCUUAAAUGAGAUCGGCCAUGUUUGUAGCGUUGCUGUUUGGUUUCUGGCCUGCUGCUGCUGCUGCUAACGCUCUCCGUCUACUCAAGAUGGCAUUCAAGCGCGUUCUCGACUCUUAGCUCGGAUUUUUAGAGAUUCAGGGCCGAGAUGUGGAUUAACAUGUGACACGAACCGAUUUAUGUUCGCUUUUAAUGCGUAAAUGUCGGAAAGAGCCAUGAUAUGAUCUGUAUGCACACUUAUGCAGUCGAACUGUUAGCAUUAACGCUGGUUUAGAGCAUAUUCACACAGCUCAAAUGCAUGUUUCCUGAGUGUCUUGAACGUGGUGUUACCGGUUUAAACCAAACUCCAUUUUUUCCCUAUCUAGCUCAUUCUUGUUGAGCAGCUAGCAAGCGUCUGCAGACGGUCAAAUUAGCCAACAUGCUAACAGCCCUACCUCCUGAGCUCCACGUGGGUUAUGCGCCUGCUCUGAGUGGCACACGAGGUGGACACGCACAGCCGAGGAAACUCAUUAUCACCCACUUAGACAAUUAUAACAACUCGAGGGUCGUGUGUAACCCACGCAAAUAAUUAGCACAUUGAUAAUAUUACCUUUUUUGGCACUUUUUGAAUCUGGUGUUCGAAGGAGAAUUGACCCACUCAUAAAAAAAAAACUGUCUGGACACGGUGGAAGAUGUAUAUAAAAUGGAGAAACUAACAUGCUCUAUGACUCCAGCAAGAAACAAACACUCAAAAGUGGGAAAAGUGGAACAAAUGUAAAUCAAUUCACACUACUUUAAAAAAAUCGACAACUUUGAUGUAGGGUACAUGGACAAUUGUAUUUUCUUCUCUGUGAAUGACGCCACGUUUUGUGCUCAUUUUUACUAAUAUUUUCAUUAAGUGACCACAUGUCUGGUUUAGCAAAUUAGAAUUAAAUUAAAAAAGGAUCUCGUGUUCGUAACUUUUAAAGGCCCUCGUGUGUUUGACCCCCAUCAGAGCAAACACCUGAAGUAGUGUUGUCGGAGAGUCAACCCCUUUAAUCAGCCUGUGGUUUGUUUAAUGUUGUAUGACGAGUGGAUAUAUUUUCUCAUCUUCAUUUGUCUCUUUUAACAGGCAGCAAAUACGCCAACAACUCAGAAAAAGAAAGCCCCCCCACCCCCUAAAGAAGUGGAGGAGGAAUCCAGCGAAGAAGAGAGCAGCGAUGAGGAAGAGGAGGUAAGAUGUUUAUUUAAAAAAAUGUCCCAGGAUUUAAAUAUUCCUUGAAAUGGCACCUUUUUUUAAUAUUGUGUUUUUCUUCCCCUAGACUCCUCCCCCUAAAGUGAAGAAAGCCACACCAGCCAAAGCGGCCCCAGUCAUCAAGAACGGAGCUGCUGCUAAAAAGGCAGAAAGUGAGGAUGAUGACGAUGAUGAUUCCGGUGAGUUAAAUUUAAAAUGUCUAUCAGAUAUAAUGUGGUACAGAAUCUUAUAUUUAUGUCACAACCUGAGUUCUUAAGACGUGAUUUAUGGCUCACAUGCCACAACGAUUUUGGUCAGUCAGCCAAGAGAUCCAAUUUGUACAUAUAGGUAGUGUUCAUCUAUGUAGCACUAGAAAGCCUCCUUUAACACGGCCAAAAGAAAAAGCAAGAAACAAUGAGUGCUCAAGACUAAAAGAAUAUCUCUGAGUAAAAACAAGUGAUACGCCAUGAGUCAUGAAAAAGCCAAAUGAAUAAUUUAAAAACUGAAGAAUGCGAAAAAUUAUUCAGUCCUGUAUUUUUCCACUCAGAAGUGACUGUAAAUCAGAUACAUUUAAAUAAUAUAAUAAUGUUAAAUUAUUAAUUAAUUUAUAAUGUUAAACAAUAUUUUAUACUAAGGGGAUAACUGCACAUGGAAAUAAGGAGAAUUUCAGGACAUGUUAAGUGUGGUGUUACUUCUAUUUGUGAACAUCUUGAUUAAGCUUGAACUCUGCCUCUUUUAAAUUAUCCGCAGUUAGCUGUGUUCAUUGGUUUGUUUUAACUAGCAGGCUGUGCGUCCAUUUCAUAUUACAAUACAUUAUUAAUAGCUGGCCAGCACACAACUAACAAUGUUGAAAUUAUGAAGUCCUGUAUAUCUUGUAAAAGCAUGAAGCAAAACUGUCAGUCAUUCAUAAUGCUUAAAACUUUACAAAAACUACACAUAGGCUACGAAUAUGCAGACUGCUGCUCUAGAAAUUCUGCAGCACUGAAAUACAGCACCUGAAGACAGCCUAUAGGGCCCGUAUUUUGCUGCAGACGUUUACUUAGAUGCUUUUGUUUGUAACACAAGUCGGGUUAACAAACAUAUUUAAAUGUAUUCUCUAAAAAGCAUCUAUGCACGGGGCCAGGCCUUUUUGAACCGAUUUUUGCAUUUUUGGCCAAAAUGGGUGCAUAGAAACCAAAUUUUCUCUUGACAACUUGUGCAACACAUUUUAAGGAAAAAAUACACACAGAAUAUGAUGUAAGUUUCAUGCACUACUAUUACCACUUGAUAGAAAGCGGUUCACAUGAAGGAAUAUUGUAAUUCAGCGUAGUCAGGUGCAGAGAUUGUGGCUUCUAAGUAAAAGUUUUGUCUGCAUGUCGUAAAUGUGAAAAUGCUCCUUUGUAUCAAUCUAAAUUUUGACAAUCAAAACUAAAUUGCGUUUGUUGUGGGAAACUGUUCAGCUGUCCCUUGGGUCAUGCUGGUUUAAGGUUAAAUAAGGUCUAGCAUUGUUGCUUAUGUCACAUUUCAGUUGACCAGGUAUUUGUGUUGUGUUGAUUUUGCCCCCCAGUGGGGUUGACUUUCUCUUAGCCAUUCUUUUAAUGCUACUUUUUAGACAAUCAAUUUAAAGGCAAAAUGUUUGAGUCAUUAAAAAUCUGUGCCGUGCAUAAUCUAUGUAUGUAAAGAUGUUCCCAAACCUUGCAACAGUUUCAAGUUAUAAAAGUUACAGAAUUGAAACUGGGGAGGUGGUUCACUAAGCACAGUUUCGAUGAUCAGUUUGUUCAUGCAGGUCUCCGUAGCAUGUAGCCUGCUUAGAUGUCAGUGAAGUUCAGACCCUACUAGACGAGUGCACACAUAAACACACUUUGUUUGUAAAAAUCCCUCACAGGAGCUUUAACAUAAUGAAACUGAGGAGCCUAAGGUGUGACUUUGAACAAGAAGUAAAGGGUGAAAAUUCUGGCCGAAUAACCUGUAGACACAUUCAUACUUGGACUUUUGGAGAAGUCCAUUAAUCUCUAAACGCUUCUGAAAAUCUUAUUUCAGAGGAGGAAUCCGAAGAGGAGGCCCCCCCACCCAAAAAGACCCCUGCUAAAGCAACACCUGCUAAACCUGCAGCCAAGGCAGCCCCUGCAAAGGCUGAGGAAUCAGAUGAUGAUGAUGAUGAUGGUAAGAAGUUUCCUUAAAUCUUUUUAAAAUUGUAAUAGCCUGUGUUGAUAAAACACACCCUCCAUUUCUUGGCAUACUUGAGGUUGUGAAGUACUCUUGUGUGUAAUGUACGGAGGAAGAGAGAAUGCAGCGCUAUGUCUUCGGUGCCGGUGUGUAUUAUCGUCUGCCGGUUCUAUCCUCAAUCGCUGUGACAUAGUUUUGUUGUAGCUUCCUUAAGAGGACACAAAGAUUAUUCUCAUUUCUGUCACUCAUUGAAACUCAUGAUUUAAUGUCUUACAUAGAAGAGUCCGAAGAAGAGGCCCCUCCUCCCAAGAAAGCAGCCAAGCCCGCUGCGAAGGCCGCUGCGAAGGCCCCCGCAAAGGCCGCACCUGCAGAAGAGUCCUCUGACGAAGAUGAAGACGAUGAUGAAUCAGAAGAAGAGGCCCCACCUCCCAAAAAAGCUGCCCCAGCUAAAGCAGCGGCCAAACCAGCUGCGAAGGCUGCCAAAGCUGCCAAAGAGGAGUCCGAGGAUGAAGACGAUGAUGACGAAGAUGGUGAGGCUUGAUCAGUGUUUGUAGGAUUGUCUGUUUUUUGAUAGUAAGCUAAUUUCUAUGUAUGAUGAUCAACAAGGGACUUAAUACUGAUUCGUAUGAUGUCACCUGUUUUAUUGAUCUGAUAUUAGACGAGCAGCAGCUCUUGGUCAGAAUUUGGUCACAUGACUCCCAUAACUUACAAUAUUUGUGACUCGUAGAAUCAGAAGAAGAGAUGGACACGACUCCGGCUCCAGCAAAGGCAAAGAAGGCCGGCAUGGUGAAGGCCAAGGAAGAGUCUGAGGAGGAGGAGGAUGACGACGAUGAUGAUGACGAUGAGGAGGAUGAUGAGGAUGGUGAGUAAAGAAGACUUAGAUUUUGAUUCAUUACACAAUUGUUCUAUAUGGUUACACAGUUCACUGCGGUUUCUGAAGAAAGGCAGUUUUAAUAAUGAACUUAAUAUAUCAGUACCGACAGUCACAGCGACGAUUCUGCUCGGUUAGCUGAGCUGGACGGAGGCCAUGUUGAAGAAAACUGGACAAACAAAACCAUCUGUUUUCAUGUUUCUGCCUCCUCUGCACAGCUCUAGUCCUUCCUCCAAACCUCUUCAUGAGCGGCUCCACUAAACGUUAUCAGUUUAAAUAUGGACAGUUAAUAUGACACAAGAAGAAAGAGAGGAAUAAAGAUUGUUGACUUGUUUGUACCAUAAUUAAGAUACGUUUCAUUCACUGGCCUCGUCUGUUAAACAUAAUUUAAAACUCCUGUUUCAACAGACGCCCCAGUGACUCCUGGGAAGAGGAAGGCAGAGACCAAAAAGGACACGCCUCCUGCCAAGAAGGCCAAGGCAGAAGGCGAUGGUGAGGAUUUAUACCCUGAGACCACUGUGUUGAUUUUGGUUUGCUUUUAUGAUGAUCAACAAGGGACUUAAUACUGAUGUGUGAUGUCACCUUUUUAAUGCUCUGAACACGUCUGGAUUGAUGGUUGCGAUCAACCUUUUUUUUUUCCAUCUAAAAUAAUCUCUUGAAAUGUUUUGUCUUAGGGUUCUGUCUGUUUGUUGGGAACUUGAACUCCACCAAAGACUUUGAGGAAAUCAAAGGGUCUCUGAGGAAAUUCUUCACCAAGAACAACCUUGAGGUCGUCGAUGUCCGGUUAGGUGGAUCCAAGUAAGUCUUGGAUCGAAAAAUAAGAAAUCUGUUUUUUCCAUUUACUGGAAAAUCCUCUAAAUGAACCAGGAAUACAGCUUGAUAAAUAUAUCUGCUGUUUUUCUUUCUUAAGUGGGAAUGUCUCAACUGUUUUGAUGUCUGACUUACUUCAACAGGAAGUUUGGCUACGUGGACUUUGCAUCUGAGGAGGACAUGCAAAAGGCACUUGAGCUGAAUGGCAAGAAGAUCAUGGGUCAGGAGGUGAAGUUGGACAGGGCCCGCAGCAAAGACAGCUCACAGGAGGGCAAGAAAGGUAAACACCGCCACCAUUGUGGAAUCUUUGGCACAAACACUUAAGGCAAACCCUCCAUUUCUUGGCAUACUUGAGGUUGUGAAGUACUCAUGUGUGUAAUGUACGGAGGAAGAGAGAAUGCAGCGCUAUGUCUUCGGUGCCGGUGUGUAUUGUUGUCUGCCGGUUCUAUCCUCAAUCGCUCCGACACUCCUGCCUUAUGCGGUUUUUAAAGUUUAAGGGAAAAUUAACAAAAACUGUGAAAUAACCCUUUUCGGCUUUGGCUGUAAAUGCUGGUUGUGAUUCCUUUGCUGAUGCUGACCUUUGCCCCACAGAGAGAGACGCACGGACUUUGUUCGUAAAGAACCUCCCCUUCUCUGCGACCGUCGAUGACCUGAGAGAAAUCUUUGAAGAUGCAGUCGAUGUCCGGGUACCUCCGGGCCAGAACGGUUCAAACAGAGGGUAAGAACGAGCUCGGACAUGUCGUAGCAGCCACAGCUUUGCCUGGACACAUGACACCAGGAAACAAAGACAGACUCUUGUGAACCCUGGGUAACGGACUGCAUGUUUUUCUGGAGAUCUAACAGUUUUUCCUUUUUGGCAGCAUCGCCUACAUCGAGUUCAAAACUGAAGCUGAAGCAGAGAAGAUGCUGGAGGAGGCUCAGGGAGCUGACGUGCAGGGGAGGUCCAUCAUGGUCGACUAUGUCGGAGAAAAGAGCCAGAAAGGGGCGAAAAUGUCAGGUAAGACAUGAUGUUUGAAAUAUUUAUAAUGUUCAUUGUUAAUCUCUGGAUGUUGAACAUUGAAACAAGCGAUCUUUUUGGUUCUUAUGGACACUUCAAUUUUGUUUUUUAAGAUUAGAUCAUGACAGCUCUGAGGAACUAAAUGAAAUGAUAUAGUAAUUGUACCAAUCUGUGGUAUGACCAAGAUAAUAAAGUUGAGGAAAAAAUACAGCGCAGUCUUUGGGUUCUCUCUCUCAUCUUUCACUUUCCUCUUUCAGCAGCGCCGUCCGGAGCAGCCAGUAAAACACUGGUGGUGAAUAAUUUAGCUUUCAGUGCCACAGAGGAAGUCCUACAAUCCACAUUCGAGAAAGCUGUGUCUAUCAGGAUCCCACAGAGAGACGGCAGACCUAAAGGGUGAGUGUCUGUUUAUCUUAUCAUCCUACAGACUUAAACAUCAGAGUGCCUCACCUUCUCAUGAGCUCCUCUUAAUCCUCCCCGUGAUUCUGCAUGGAUUCGCACGAGAAGCAGAGCAAACACACAGUCAGAACAGGCUCGCCCUGCACUCAUACGGGUGCUGCCCAUGUCUGCUGUGCAACAUGUUGAUAUGUGAUAGCAUUUGGCAAGAAAGGUCAGCAAGGCCUGUUUAAUUUAUAGAGGAUUGUUGAGUGUUUUAUUUGUACCUCUUAUCAAUGUUAGGGCUCAGACUCAGUCAUUCUCUAAUAGUCUUCUUCUGUCCUCAGUUUUGCUUUUGUGGAGUUUGAGAGCACAGAUGAUGCUAAAGACGCCCUGGACAACCUCAAUAACACAGACAUCGAAGGCCGGUCAAUCCGACUGGAGUACAGCCAGAACAGCGGUGGAAGAGACGGGGGCAGGGGAAACUCAGGUAGGUCCUCAGACGAAGCUGAGACUAGAUCACGGUCUUUGUUUUAUGAAUGUUUCUGAGAGGGUGAGCACGGCCAGACAUGAUGAAAACUUGAUCUCCUGAAACUCUGUGAGGAAUCCAAGAUAGUCAAGUCCUGAUCUGACCUCUGAACUCAGUCAUGGAGCACCUGCAUUCGCCCAGAUAGAUAACCAGCGUAGAUAAACUGUUAAUGAUUUCUUGUCUUUGCCCCCAGGUCCAACAAAAACCCUCUUUGUCAAGGGUCUCUCUGAGGACACAACAGAUCAGACCCUCAAGGACGCAUUCGAGGGCGCCGCAGCAGCCAGGAUAGUCACAGACAGAGAAACAGGGUCCUCUAAAGGGUAAGUCUGUGAGGAGUUAAGUUGUCCUGUUCAUGUGACGGUAAACAAACCGGUGUAAGAAGUAGAGUAAACUAAAAAGCCAUGAAAUUCAGUGCACUUCUUUUAUCGAGGUAGACUAAACUCUUCUCCCCGCUGUCCCCCGUAGCUUCGGUUUCGUAGACUUUGACAACGAGGAUGACUGCAAGGCGGCAAAGGAGGCCAUGGAGGACGGCGAGAUCGACGGCUACAAGGUCACCCUGGACUACGCCAAGCCCAAGGGUGAGGGCGGCUUCCGUGGAGGUCGAGGUGGUGGCGGAUUUGGUUUCGGCGGCCGUGGUGGCGGCGGCAGAGGGGGCCGCGGUGGUUUCGGCGGCUUCGGUGGUCGUGGUGGUGGCAGAGGAGGCGGGCGCGGAGGUCCUCGUGGAGGUGGCCGUGGGCGUGGUGGCCCUGGAGGUAAAGCGUUUGUAUAGUUAAAGUUAUAGUUCAUGUUUUAUCUUCUGUAGUCAAAUAAAAUGGAGAAAUAAGUCUCAUCUUUGAUACACAACUGUUUUACUUGGAUUUCUUAGGAGUCCUCACUCUGUUAAAGUUUAAACUGGAGUAUUUUGAAGAUGGGAGUGUGAACAUGUCAUCCUGCAGGCACGUGAACUCAAGUUGCUUUCUUUCGUUUCAGGACGAGGUGGUGGAGGAUUUGGAGCCAAACCCCAGGGGAAGAAAAUCAAGUUUGAUGACUAAAUCUUAGUCUGUUUUAUUUUUCGAAUGGACUCUGGUUUCAUCAAUUUUCAGAGCUUUUGGACAUUCCAGAAAGCGUCAUUGAUAUAUAUUUAACUGUUAAUGGGCAUUUUAGCCCUUUAUUUAGGCCCUUCGAACCUUCCCCCUCCCUCUUGUGCCAGACUGGUACUUCUGACCCUCUCAGCUCAAGUGCUACAUGUUAGCACUGAAUGUUCCUUAAAGCAGACCUGCACCUCUCACUCUCAUUAGCUUACUUGCUCUCCCGAAGGAGUCAAAUGGAAUGGGUCUGGCAAACAAGUUUGCUGUGAAAAAAUCCGCUAAGUCUUUGUCAGAUACAGUGUGUAAAUUUAAACAGUUUGUAUGAUUUUCAUUUUACCUUUUGUAAAAAAAAAUUACACUUGUAUCCAUAUGUUUUUGUUUUUAUUUUGUUUGUCGUUUAGUUUGCUUUAGGUGCCAAGUUUUACUGUAAUGUGCAAAGCAUAUUUUGAUAGAUUUGAGUCAGUGCUCUAGAGGUGGAUGUAAAGAAAAUGGCAAAGUUGUUCUGUCAUGUUGGUUUCGAUGGGGCACAGUCAGUGUCUGAGUCACAGAGGAUUAAACACCUCUUGUUCUAUGUAACAUAUAUUUGUAGUGCAUUGACUAAUUUUGUCCCAUCUAAGAAUCCCAAGAUUUUCACGGUCGAAAAAUAAAAUCUUGUAGGUGGUGAUUUUUAAAUGUCUGUCCUCAUUGCAC